CAGCUUGACGCGCAGCUUAACGGAGUCACAGCCGUGAAAGUGGCGGAGGCGGACAUUGUUGUGGUAACAGUCCAGCCCCAGAGGAUGAGCAAAGAUGAUGCACUUAUUUUGAGCGGAUAGAUUGGGUUGUGAUUUAUUUUGGGGUUGUUUUUUUUAAAUCUAAAGAAUGAAUCGUUUGUAAACAAGCGGCCGCACCGUACGGACUCAUCCUCCAGCCACCGCCGAACGGAGUUCAUUCAGCCGAGGCGACCGGAGCACAGCCUGAUGAGACGAUGCCAGCGACGUAAAAAUCACAACAUCUGCAGGGUGUGCAUCCGAGGCUGCUGGAUUAAGCCUCCGUGGAUCGACUGGGCCUUUGUACAUACAGUACAGAAAAGCCCACGGGGCGGCUGUUGCCUUCACAAUACUGCGAGAGGUAAAAUACGGAUGGUUGUAUUCUUGGAGGCCUUUGGAGAUGAUGACAGAUUGACAUUAUUGCGGUGCAUUUUCAUACACCAUCUCAUUAAGGCAUUAUCCACGGAGAGCACUGGGUUCAGCACAAAACAGGACUGAAGUCAAAGCGCCUUAAAGAAAACCCAUCUAAUAAAGAUAUCACAUGUUUCUGCCAUGAUUUGGCCUCCGGUGCUGUCGUGAUUGCACCCAUGACAUCUGGAACACACUGUAUGCAGAUGAAGACGAGGAUGUGAUGCCUCUGUGUUGAGCACUGAAGCACCCAGAUACAUCUCAGCGCUUUUAAUAGAUUCUCAGGUACCCUUCUAGGUGUAGGUUGUUUGGUUUUUUUAUGUGAAAAUGGGUAGCGAAGGUGAGAUAAUAAAUAGAGAACUGUCAAAGAUGUCUGACGAGGAUUUGCUGGCGUGCUCCAAAGAGGAGCUGGUGAGCCGGCUGCGUAAAGAAGAGUCGGAUAAAAUAUCAGCUCUCAUCCAGCGAGGACGGCUGAUAAAAGAGGUAAACAAACAGCUGCAGGGACACCUCCUUGAAAUCAGGGAACUGAAAGUCAUCAAUCAGCGCCUACAGGAGGAAAACGUGGAGCUGCGGGACCUGUGCUGCUUCCUGGACGACGACCGGCUCAAAGUGAAGAAGCUGGCCAGGGAAUGGCAGCUAUUCGGGCAUCACGCAGCCAAAGUGAUGCGGGAGGACCUGGGAGGUUACUUGAAAAAGCUCGCCGACCUGGAGCGCAUGCAGGACGGGCUGGUGAAGGAGAAUUUGGACCUGAAGGAGCUGUGUCUGGUCCUGGAGGAGGAGUGUGUCAGCAGGAGUGACUCCAGCCCCGGAGGGUCCACCGAGCUCAACCUGCCCUGCAUGGUGGCCCGGGACCUGGGGGACGGAAGCUCAAGCACAGGCAGCGUGGGAAGCCCAGACCAGCUUCACCUGGUGUGCUCACCUGAUGACUGAUGACAGGUUUAUGUCAGCAGUCAGGGCUUCUCCGACUGUAGCUGUAGACUAGGGGUGAUGUGAUUGACAGAAUAGGGACACAGAAGCUUUGUCAGACAAUACAAAUUACACUGGUGCAAAAGCAUUAGGGCCUUCUGAAUGCUGCAAAGAUGUGUGUGCCACUAGGUUUUGACUUCUACCACUACAGACAUUUUCAGGACUUUACAAAGACAUUUAAUAGGUGUUUGCCAGAUGAUAAUGUAUCUAAAUUUUACAGUGUUUUUUCUAAUGACUCUUCUGUUUUUGGGAAAUUCUCCUUUUUCAGUGGUCUGUUGUUGGAAAAAAAAAAUGGGACCAAAAAAGUGGGUCACAUAUAUAAAUUUAUCUCAUGCACUGGACUAGCCUACACUGGUAGAAGCCUCUUUUCUAUUGCACUGGACAGCGUUAUCAUGGAUCUUUAAAUCGCAGAUCUAAAGAUUUCAAUCCAGUUUUGAGCCAUAUUUAGUCCACUGAAUUCCAAUAGCACUGAAAUAGAUGAGUUGUGAUAAAAGAAAAUAUGAAACUAUUUGAUAUUUGCUUUUGCUAGAUGCCCAAUAAUGUGUAAUAUUUUAUGCACUCUCUUCCUCAGGACAGGAUUGGAGUGCCAUAUGUGCAUGAUGAUUGUCACAAUUUAUACAGGCCUGUUAACCAGUCUGAUGUGAAGGCCCUUCAGGUUUACUGUGGGUGGGGCUGCUGUGCAUAAUGUAUAUGUGCUAGAGCCUGGGCAGAGCCAGCACACUUGUUAAGGUUUUGAAUCAGACAUGAUAGAUGUCCGUGGACCUCACUCAGAGCUGAACUGAAUAAAUUCUGUCACUUUUUUUAAUCCAACUGGAAACUCUUUGUAUCAAACUGGAAGGUCUACAAGUUUGAAUGAUUUCUAUUCUAUUCUAUUCAAACCAAGCUGUUUAAAUUCACUUGUAUUACGUUUUUUUUUUUAUUGCAUUGUUGUUGUUGAUGUUCAAUUAGCAUACCACAGAGUUUGUUUAAGUUGGCGAUGGUCAGCUUCAUCUUCUGUAACUCAUGCUUUGUAUUUACCCUGUAACAUUAGGGAUAUUCUUAACUUUGACCCUUCUUUAUCUUGAUUUAUCUGUAUUAACUAGCAUUACUAACCGAUUUCAGUUAAAAUCAUAGAUAAUGCACAUGGAUUAGAAAAGAUUUAUUUUGUCGUUAGCUGUUUUAUUGGUGGGCUAUGCUCGUAGUGCAUUGAAGAGCUUUAAAUACAGUGGGUAUGACACUU